UUUGAGUGUUUUUACAACGACUCCAUGCUGAAUGUGUAUUGGAACCAUAUUGCAUCAUCUCUUUGUUUGUCUCAUGCUCCCUAGGUGUCUCUGUCCAGCGUGAAAGCUGAGUCACUUGUUCCUUUAGAAAGAGGAAUAGACUUGGAAAUUUUCACGCCGCUGUCGAGCAGCAGCAGCUGCAUCUUCCUUUCAAAACAAACGAUUGAGAUCGCAACAUUCGUCCAAAUGUUCGUGAAUAGUUUUUGGGAACACUGCUUGUAGUGAUGUUUUCCUCGACAACGGGAACCUGACCUGCUUGAAACUACGUUGUAGUGACGUGCUGUGCAUAACGCCGUUUUAAGGGCUGUGACUUUCGAAAGAAAUCAAACAAAAUGCUGGCUUUUGUUAAGAAGAUUCACAGGCAUUCCGAUGAACUGCUUCAUCUUGCCCUAAUACUAAGUUUGAUCAGAGUGGAUCCUGAAUCUUACCUUGGACUUGGUCUGGGAAGGUCCAGCUCCAUUCAAGGGAGUUAUCACAACAUAACCAUGGGAGACACAUGGGCUCAUGCACCGUCUGAUUUUCAUCAUGGAUUCAUAAGCAACUUUCCAGAAAUACCGUACUUACAUCCCAAGAGCAUGGAGGCUUCUUUAUCUCAGUAUCAAGAAGAGCUAAUUGAAGACUUGAAUGAUCUUGGGAGGUAUACUAGCAUUUUACCUUCACAAGGCCCAAGGACAAUAACUGCUUACCUCUUAAAUGAGAGCUCACUGAACCACGAUUCAACCUUACCUAGUAGAAACACAGUCAGCCCUGUUGUUGCUGGUCCUAGUAGCUCUAUGCUUGCUACUACCGUAAGCUCUCAGUCACAACAAGAUGAAAUAUUGGAUUCCAUACGACAGCACCCAUCUCAAGAAUCUUCAAUUCCAGAUGAGACAUCUGCCCUUUCUCUGGAGGAUGCCGAUCUGAUCGAGAUAUUGUGGAAACAAGACAUCGAUAUUGGAGCCCCCCGUGAUCAUUUUCUGUUUCCGGGAGAAGAAUCCAGUGACAUCGAAGACGUGGAGAUAACAACGUCCAAGGACAAGUUAUAUUUGAAGGGUGAACACAAGGAUAAGACCAAACAUGGCGAAAAAAAGAAGCUCGACGAAGACCCACCGGACAAAUCUCCUUCAGAUGACGAUCCUUGGGCUGGACUCUCGUAUCGAAUUGAUGAUGAAACAGGUGAAUACAUUUUACUGGAGGAUAUCGAUCAUCCCCAACCAUCGACUUCUACAUCGGGUGAAGAAUCGAAAUCGUCAGAAGCCGAAGAAAAGCCAUCGGAGGAACCGUCGCUUCCGAGCGAGGACAGCGAUUCAUUUUCACUAGACAAAGCGUUUGGUUUUGUCGACUACGACGAGGAAAAAUUGACAGAGAGCAAUUUCACGUUGGGCGCAUUGAGCCCGGAGAGCGCGGAAUUCAUCGGAGAACUCGAUCCCGUUUUGGGUUCGAUCGUAGCUUCCCGUUCAUCCGCUCAGGUCCCUGUGCCUAACUUUGGCUCUUUGCUGUCGGACGGUGGUAGCAGCGGAUCGCCUCGUGACGAUUCGCUCAGCGAUUUGGAUUUGGGUUUCUAUUUCGGCACGGACGACGACCGUGCGCAAACAGAAACCGUCGAAGACGGCGACGACGAAGAGGAAGAGCUUUUGAAAUUGUUUCGGCCCGAAUCCAGUUCCAGUAAUAGUAUCGACGUCCUCAGCGAGCAACUUGAAGCCAGCCUGGAGGACAUGAUCCAGACAGCCCAGAUGCAUCCACGCUCACUACAGGUGCGCAUGCCUUUAAUGCGCACGAUGAGUAUGGAGCAUCGGUGGCAGGACCUGGCCAAUUUCCUUAGUCUGCCGGACGGAGCCGCGGCCGCUGCGGCAGCUGCCAAUUUGAGUUCGCAUCCGGGCCAUCACCACCAUCAUCACCAUCAUGGUGGUCACCAUCCGCACCCCGUUCAUCAUACGCACCACCAUCCUGGUCAUCCGCACCAUGCCAUGCACACUCUUGGCCACCAUCCGCACUCGCCGCAUCCGGCAUUUGCCCAUCCAGGCUACCCACAUCCGCAUUCCCCUCAUGGAUCCAUUCAUCCGCAUCAUCAUCAUAAUGGUUCGUCUGUCCACACACACCACGGCUAUGGCGUCCAUCCUGCCUCACCAGCCACUACCACCGCCGUCCAUCAUCAUCAUGGAUACAGUGGCCUCACUUCGGCCGCUGCGCCAGUGUCGGCCUACACCAAUUCCGCUGUCGAUGUUGGUGGAAGAGCUUCCCUUUUGCAGAAUGUCGCCAUCGGAUCGCCACUCACCGAAUUGGGUGGAAAUGGAUCCUACCCCAGUCCAGGUCUCGGAGUGGGAGUGACGCUGGGCUCAGCCGUGACAGCUUCGAUGAACUUGACGAAUAGCACAGAUACCUUGGAGCCUACCGGGCAAGUUCCUUACAAAACGGAAACAACCGCAGAUAUGCAUUUGUACUAUCAGAAUAACGCUGGCGAAGUCAACCAGACUGGCGAUGGAUUUUUCCCUUCUAUUUUCAACGAAGACGAUUUACAGCUGAUGGAUAUGGCCAUCACCGACACCAUGUACCCUCCUCGUUUGCUCGAUAAUCAACCGGUAAACCACUCGCUGGGACUGGCUCCGACCAACAGCGGUGGCAAUCCUGUGGCAUCGAUUAUACCCAGUACGGUGAUUGAUACGACAAGUGAUAGCGCUGUCAGUUCCAUGGGUUCCGAGCGGGGCCCAUCUAUCUCUGACGGCGACUGGAUUGACACUUCAAAUGCUACCGAUUCAAACACCACAUCCGUCACUGGAGCUACGGCGGUGAUGCCGUCCGGAUCAGCGUACGGCAUGGAAUAUUCAUCUGGUGCAAAAUAUCGUAAUUAUGAUUACGGCUAUGGUGGUCGUUCCAGUGGACUUGAAGGAGCCUCGACCAGCGGAAGAGGAAGCGCUGCUGGCACUCCUGUAGCACAAAAGAAGCAUCAGAUGUUUGGGAAACGUGUGUUCCACGACCAAAGCGACUUGCCUGGCUCACCGGCCACUGUGACAGCCAUUGGAUCACCAGCCAAAUUCGAUUACGGCAGCAGCGCUUCGGCCAACAGUGGAUCCCUUUAUUCGCACCCAUCUACUCCGCUUGACACCGCCAGUGGCAUGAAUUCCAUGGAUUUGAAAUAUGCCUGUGGGAUUGAAUACAAUCCACAUUCGCACGAUGUGCGAGGCAUGGACCACGUCCAUCAUAAUCACACUUACGCUCUGGGAUCGGAAGCCAGUGGGACGUCGCAAAGACCCGUCAGUCGCGACAAGCAUAGAGCUUCGGGCUCGAGCUUACGCGGUAGCGUGAGCGAUUCGGCCUCAACUCCAGGAGCUGGAACUAGCGGCUCCCUUUCGGAGAGCGAAGCGUACUCUCGGGAUGAGAAGCGCGCCCGCUCCAUGAACAUCCCCAUGACGGUGGACGACAUCAUCAACCUGCCCAUGGAUGAAUUCAACGAGAGAUUGAGCAAGUACGACUUGACGGAACCGCAAUUGUCGCUCAUCCGCGACAUCCGCCGACGUGGCAAAAACAAGGUCGCGGCUCAGAACUGUCGCAAGCGCAAGCUGGACCAGAUUUUGACACUGGCCGACGAAGUGAAACGGGCCCGCGAAAGGAAGAUCCGUCUCAAUAAAGAGCGCGAAUUUCUGGCGGCCGAAAAGACCCGCAUCAAGGACCGUUUUGCCCAGCUGUAUCGCCACGUGUUCCAGUCGCUCCGUGACGCUGACGGCCAGCCGUACAGCCCCUACGAGUACAGCUUACAGCAGUCGGCCGACGGAAACAUCUUGCUCGUACCACGAGCUACGGCCGUUGCCAACGGUGGCGCGACCAUCGAUCCCCAGCCGCCGAUGCAGCAGCAGUUGAAUCAUCAUCAGCAUCAUCAUCAACAACAGCAUGUCCACAACCACCACAACAGCAACAACGGCCAGCAUCGUCCCGUCAUGAUCGAUCCGAGUUCCUUAGCCGGUCAAAUGGUAGGCAACGUUAACGGUGGUACAGUCGGAAGCUCUAGUUCCGCUGUUCUUCACGGUGCCCGCAGGAAAACUCCGGAUCAGAAAAAUGAGCCGUGAACUUGACUGCACAACACGAAAGAGAGUGGGACUCACUAAACGCAUGGCUCUUGAGCAGCGACUCAACGUCGAAUUUGUCUGGCGAGUCGCGGGGCGCUGAGGAAGCAGUAUCUUCCCUUCGUUUACGUAACCUUACCAAUUACGUGUGUUGCAAGAAACAAAAAACAAAAAAACAACAAGAAAAAAAAUAGCGUAGAAAAAAACAGGGAAAAAGGGGGAAGAAAAGGCGAAGAAGAGAAACGACUGCUGGGCGAUAUUGUGAAUAUUGAUGUUGCGCGCUUUAUAAGGAAAUAGCGAUUUCAUUUGUUACACUAUCUGGGGCUUGUUUUGUUCCUGUAUUUCUUCCCGUCGUAGAUUAUUGUUUUCGGAUUUUGAGAAAAACGGAAACAAACAAAAGGAUUUCGCCAGUGAUACUAGUACAUAAAGGGUUUUUAGUUCUGGUGUGAAUGUGCCCGGCUGCCUGAGGCAACUUCCUUAUAUUUGUACACAACACACAUUAAAGAAACUAAGGACGUCAGUUUACUGUGCACGUAUUGAAAACACAUUGAAAAAACACAAAUGUUUUUUUUUUCCUACUUCUUUUUCAUCAGUCGGCCAUUUUUGAAUUUCAAUUCUUUCUUUUUUGGUCUGCUGUUGAACCUUCAUCUUAUGUUUAGAAUUCCAUUCGUUUUUUUUUUCUUCUUCUUUCAUCCCCAUCACGUGCGUAUAUGAAAAUGCGUGUGUGUGUUUUUUUGUGUGGCUUGUCUUCAUUCAAUUGGAGGGGCCUUCCAAAAAAGAAAGAAUCGUUCAUCUUACCGCGCUCACUUCGAUGGCCUUAUACACACAGUAUAUAUAUAUAUAUAAUAAUAAUAAUGCGAAUGAUGUAUCGUCCUUAACUCUCCCACCCCCUGGCCCUGAAUGCGUAUCGUUUUGUUUUAAUGAUUUUUUUUUUGUAUCUCCUUUGUUUAUUCUUUGUUUUCGUUUCCUCUCGUUUUUUGGUGCAAACGCCUUUUCAUGCGUAGGCAGAAUUAACUGUUCAUAUAUUCAGCCCGGCGUUGACGGGAAGAAGUUGCGAGUCCACGUUUGGUUUUCUCUCUUUUUCCCUUUUUGUGUUUAUUAUUCUUUUAAAACGCGGGUAGGAUUCUGUAUGCUAAAAUUUAUCCUAGAAUAGCCAGAAGAAAAAAAAAAACGAAAAAAAAACAAAAACAAAAAAACGCAAAGAUAGUUUUUAAUUUUAGGGGGGGGGGAGGGGUAUCUGACGGAUAUUCGAGUUGGUUCACGUAUUAUCACGUUCGCUGGAAUUCCUCCGCAGCGCUAUUUCCGGUGAUUUGAGAAACGUGGAAGGACUAAAAAAAAAGGGCGAACGUAUUAGAAAAAAAACAAAACAAGUUAAAGUGCUACACUGUUAUGAUAUAGUAAUCAAUUGUAAACAGCUUAACGUGCGUGUGAAUGUUUUCGUCUUGUAUUAAACAUUUUCUCGUUUGAAUGUAUUUGUUUGUCUAUUACCUACACUAAGCCUUUAUAUUUGUAUUUUCUUUGUAUGUUUGGAAUACGCCACAAACGUAUCUAAUCAAUACAAAGAAAAACACUUUGCCUUUCUA